AUGGGCCCCUGUACCCGCCUCCUCAUGCUGCUGCCAGGCCCCUAAUCUGCCAUGGGCCCCUAUACCCCGCCUCCUCAUGCUGCUGCCAGGCCCCUAAUCUGCCAUGGGCCCCUAUACCGCCUCCUCAUGCUGCUGCCAGGUCCAGAGUCUGUCAUGGGUCCCUGUACGGCCUCCCAUUGCUGCUGUCUCCAUCGCCACACUCUGCCAUGUGCCACUUUCAGGUCUCCUCACACUCCUGCUGGUUUCCAUUUUGUCAUAGGUUGCUGUAUGGCCUCCCAUUGCUGCUGCCUCCACCGCCACACUGUGGCUCCAAACACUGGUUUUGGCCCCGUGACUGGCCAAAUGAGUGAAGUGUGCGGUGAUUCUAAGAUCGACGGCACUCAUCUGCAUGUCAUACUGACUGUCAGUAUUAUUUCUCUUCCCCAGCAGACUCCAAGGGCAUUUAAAUUAAAGGUACAGUGUUCUGCACUAAUAUUA